AUGAAAACAUACACUGUUGAAGAAGUUGCUCAGCACAAUAAGGCCGACGAUAUCUGGAUCAUCAUCGAUGGCAAGGUGUUUGACGUAACCAAGUUUGUUAAUGAGCAUCCUGGUGGUAAAAAGGUGCUUGUCAAGAUGGCAGGCAAGGACGCUUCCAAGAAAUUCAAGCAAUUCCACAACGCUGCUAUCAUGCAAAAAGUCGGCCUACCCAUGCAAAUUGGUGUUGUUGCUGGUGCUGCUGAAGCUGCUGGUGCUGCACCUGCUGCUGCACCUGCACCUAAAAAGACGACUCCCGCUGCUACCCUUACUCACCCACAACAACUCGUGAUGGCUGAUGAAGCCCGCUUUGGUGAAGGUAUCCCCUAUGGUGAUCCUACUUGGUACCAAGAAUGGAACAGCCCUUAUUACAAGGAAUCGCAUAUCCGUUUGAGAAAGAUCGUACGUGAAUUUGUCGACAAGGAAUUGAUGCCCUACACACACGAAUGGAGUGAAGCAAAGGCUAUCCCACGUGAAGUUGUAAAAAAGGUUGGCCAAAUGGGUUUGUUGGCUGCCGCUUGUGGUGCUGGUACCAAUCCACAAAUCGCUGGCAACAAGGCUCUUAACCCAUACGGCUUGCCUGGUGUCAAACCUGAGGAAUUUGAUAUCUUCCACGAAUUCAUUUGUAUCGAUGAAUUGUCGAGAACCGGUGCUGGUACCAUCAUUUGGGGUCUUCAAGGUGGUUUGUCCAUUGCAUUGCCACCCGUCAUGAACUUUGCACGUGAUGAAGUCCGCAACAAGGUUGUUCCUGGUUGUCUUUCAGGCGAAAAGUUCAUCGCUCUUGCUAUUACAGAGCCCUCGGCCGGUUCAGACGUACAAAGCCUUGUUACCGAAGCCAAGGAUAUGGGCGACUAUUACUUGUUGAACGGCGAAAAGAAGUGGAUUACUCAAGGUGCAUACGCUGAUUAUUACACUGUUGCUUGCCGUACUGGUGGACCUGGUAUGGGUGGCAUUUCGUUGCUUCUUGUUGAGCGUGAAUUCCCUGGUGUCAGUGCACGUCAAAUGGAUGUUUCGGGUAUGUGGGGUUCUGGUACAUCCUAUAUCACCUUUGAAGAUGUCAAGGUUCCCAAGACUCAUUUGAUUGGUGAAGUCAACAAGGGCUUCAAGUACAUUAUGCACAACUUUAAUCACGAGCGUCUUGGUAUCGUCAUGCAAGCCAAUCGUUAUGCACGUGCAUGUAUCGAAGAGGCCUUUGCUUAUGCCCUCAAGCGCAAGACUUUUGGUGUACGUUUGAUUGAUCACCCCGUUAUCCGUAAUAAGUUUGGCCACAUGAUUCGUCAAGUGGAAGCUACCCAUGCUUGGCUCGAAAGUAUUCUCUAUCAAGUCAAGACAUUGCCUGCUGAAACACAACCAGCACGCCUUGGUGGUCCUGUUGCCUUGCUCAAGGCACAAGCAACUCAAACUUUUGAAUACUGUGCUCGUGAAGCGGGUCAAGUCUUUGGUGGUCUUGCAUAUACCCGUGGUGGCCAAGCUGAACGUGUUGAGAGAGGUACUAGAGAAGUUCGCGCUUUCACCGUGCCAGGUGGUUCUGAGGAAAUCAUGCUUGAUUUGGGUGUUCGUCAAGCAUUGAAGAAUUAUGAAAAGAAGAACAAGUUGUAA